AUGAGGGACCCUGAGGAGGUUGUGCAGGAAGAAGGAUAUAUCAGCAAGGAAACCAUUGCCAAUAACACCGUUGUUGCUAGUCUAAGGUGCCACGAUAAAGACAAGCCUCCUGACCCACUUCAUUAUGAAGCACACGGUGGACCAGUUGGGGCUGGAAUGCUCUUUGAACAAGUUCCAGGUUCUGGAAAUAUAAUUCAAACAACCCGAGAUUUGGACUGUGAAGAUCCACGUAAUCGGGCAGUUGGCAGCACCUAUGAAAUGACUCUUUCUGUUUUUGAUGAUGCCAAACCUUCACAUACAGUAACUGCUACGAUAAUCGUGGAAGUCACACCUGUCAAUGAUUUUCAGCCUGCAUUUGAUAAAAAAAAUUAUACGUUUGCAGUUCCAGAAACUGCCGGAGAGAAUCAUAAUGUUGGAAAAGUAACUGCCACAGACAAAGAUUACCCCUCAAACUGUCUGACCUACAGAAUAGUCAGAGGAGAUGUCAAUCCUGCAGAAAUAUUCUGGUUGGAUCCAGUGUCUGGCAUGAUAAAACUGAUAAGGCAACCAGACUAUGAGUCUAUACCACAAUACAAACUGACCAUUGAAGCUGUUGACUGUGACCCAGUUAAUCCUAAAAGUGCUUCUACUAUGGUCAUAGUAAAUAUCAAAGAAGAGAAUGAUGAAGCCCCUGACUGCACACCGUAUACCUACAGAGCAACAGUACUUGACAACAUACCAACGGGGACAAACAUCAACAGCUUUAGGCUGAGCUGCCAAGACAGAGAUUCCAUUGACUCUGCAAUGCGGUUUGAGAUUGUCUCUGGAAAUAGAGCUAACCAUUUUGGUUUGGACCCAACUCGAGGGUCCAACUCUCCUAAACUGAUUGUGAAAAACCCUUUUGCCUUGGAAGGGGAAAUGGACUUCCAGCCCCAGUACCAUCUUGUGGUUCACAUUACCGAUGACAACUUGUACAAUAACACCGUUUCCAAACCUAGGACGGGAACAGUACUUAUUGAUAUUUCUGUGAUUCGAACAAACACACCACCUCCAACAACAACUCCUUUUGAUAAAAAGAAAGGCCUAACGAUUGUAUAUACUUCAGUCAACACUUACAGUUCCGCUGACUGGUAUAUCCCGUUCAUCUUCACGCUGGUGGCAAUUCUGUCUAUAGGGUUGAUAACUUGCUGGUGUUAUCUGCUUUGGAGAUACGUGCGUUGCAAGAAUCUUUGUCUCAAAUGGAAAGCCCAAGAUCCCAGAACAAUCAAAGGGUAA